AUGCCUAAGAGAAAAGCCCAUGUUACCCAACACACAAACAACUUGCAAACAAAUAGGGGAACACGAAGCGUCAAGAGAUUGGACACUGAUACAGGAAGCAGUAGCCCAGCACUCAGCUCCAGGCAAUCUUUGUCUUCCGGAAGUGAGUUAAUUCCCUUGACCAGCGCUAUAAGGUUAGAAAACUAUGACCAAUUGAUUUCCAAGCAUACACAUACAGAGUUGUUCAAUGUAUCACCAAGUCCCGCUAAUAUCACAAGACAUCAGCAUAGUGUUGCUCUUGAGACUCAGGCAGAAGACAAGAUUGUGCUGGAAAACCCACCUUACAACAUGAAAGACUGCAAUCCUUCAGACAAUCAGCAUUUUCACAGUCUGGCAGAGGACAAGGAGGACAAGGCACUGGAUUUACCUUCUCUGGACGCAGAAGAUCUGGACAACAAAGAUGCUACCAAAGAAACCAAGGCGUCAAAUCAAAAGCCAAUCUCCCAUAAUGAAGCUGUCAAAAUUGUUGGUAGACUUAGAAAUAUUAUUAAUAACUUACUUCACGGGCACAGAUAA